AUGGCAGCCAAUCUCGGGGAGAGAUCGCUAGCCGAUGUACAUGAAGAGGGAUUGGACGAGAUACUCUCUGUAUUGGCCCGUGUGUUUCCUAGUCACUCAAGCCAUGACCCGCAUUCAUUGGGCGUGCCCAUUCUGGACACUUUGCUUGAAGUCUUUGCGCCGAAAGCACUUCCUGUGUCAGGUGCUAUGAACGAUGGACAGCUUCAACCUUCAAGUGAGCAUGUAGAACAGCAGAUUCUUGAAGAUGAGGAAAUGCUGCGGCACAGUGAAUUCCCGGCUGGUCAGGGUUCUAGGCCGGAUGAAAUACACGCAGCGCAAGACAUUGAGCCACUUGCCAAUGUGUUGCCCUCUGACCCAGCCGGUAGCAAGAAACAGCAGGUUCCUGUCUUGGAGAUUUCAAGCAGCCUGUCGGCUUCGGGGAAGUCGCAGCUAUUGUACUAUCUCACGGCUCUCGCUAUCUUACCACGAAGAUAUGGAGACAUCUCAGUCAGUGGCAAAGAGGCAGCCGUGGUGUUUAUAGAUACCGACCACCGAUUCGAUGCCGAAAGACUAAGGACUGUGGCUCGAGAUAUCGUACUGAAGCAGCGUGGAAUAUCUGAGUCAGGUCCCGGGGCUCAAUCAGGAGGAAUGCCAGAUCAUCAUCUUGAAUCAUUGCUCGUUUCUUCACUGCAGCAUGUCCAUGUAUUUCGCCCGCAAUCUUCAUCUGCUCUUUUGGCGACAAUCCGGACGCUAGAAUCGUACCUUUUCGAUCUCUCACGACAUCGUUCCGCAUCACGUCCCUUGCAAAUGAUCGCCAUCGACAGUGCCACCGCUUUCAUCAAACAAGACCGGCUGCGUGACGAGGUCGCUCGGACAGAAGAAAUCGGGCGUCCUCAGGCAGAAAUUGACGCCGAGCGCGAGCAAAAGAAGAGUUUCCAUUUGUCUGACCUCUAUACCGAGCUGGUGAGGGAGCUGAGGGGUGUGCAGAGUCAGUUUCAGUGUGCAGUUGUGUAUACUACAACGGUAUCAGGGGGUCGAGCCUCUGGCACUGGUUACUACGACCAGCCCCAGGUUUGUACUCCACCGCUGAGACCUGCUCUCCCUGCACCCUGGGGCACUUUUUCAACACUGCGUCUGAUUGUCCACCGGUCUUCCGUUCGUCCAUUCCCACCCGGCAUGGCCGCUCAUGCAGCCGUGAAAGACGCCCCUUCACGGCAGAGCGUGGUUCAGCAAGGGAAGAUAUCGGCAUGGGUCAAUUCAUGGGGACGCAAUGAAUGGCCUCGUCGCAUCGUGGAAGCAAUAGAGGCGAACAAUGGUGGGAGCUUUUCAUUUUACAUUCGUGACUCUGGGGUUGAGAUGACUGAUCCUCAUCAUUGA